GAUUGCAAGUUGUCCAGGCCCUGAGGCAGCAAAACAGCCCCAAAUCUUGAUGCUCCCUCCACCAUGCUUCGCGGUGGGAAUGAGGUGUUGAUGUUGGUGAGCUGUUCCAUUUUUCCUCCACACAUGACAUUGUGUGCCAAACAAUUCAACUUUGGUUUCAUCAGGCCACAAAAUAUUUUGCCAAAACUUCUGUGGAGUGUCCAAGUGCCUUUUUGCGAACAUUAAACAUGCAACAAUGUUUUUUUUAGACAGCUGUGGCUUCCUCCGUGGAAUCUUCCCAUGAACUCCCAUAGUUUUACGUAUAGUUGAUGUCUGCACAGAGAUAUAGGACUGUGCCAGUGAUUUCUGUAAGUCUUUAGCAGAAACUCUAGGGUUCUUUUUUACCUCUCUAAGUAUUCUGCGCUGAACUCUUGAUGUCAUAUUUGGUGGACGGCCACUCCUUGGGAGAAAAGCAACAGUGCCAAACUCUCUCCAUUUGUAGACAACUUCUUUCAGACUUUUAGAGAUGGUUUUGUAUCGUUUCCCAGCUUUAUACAAAUCAACAAUCCUGAAUCCCAGGUCUUCAGACAGCUCUUUUGACCGAGCCAUGAUGCACAUUAGACAAUUCUUACCAGGUGUGUGUUUUAUAGUGGGCAGGGCAGCUUUAAACCACUCAUCAGUGAUUGGGCAUGCACCUGACUGUUUGGUGAAAAUUGGUUUCAAUCACUCCUUAAGUCUCCUUAGGCAGAGGGUUCACUUAUUUCCCCCCUUCUGUCAAUGUUUGCAUGCUAUCCUCAUGAAAAUAGGAAAAUCUAUAAAUAUUUUGGGUGGUUUUAGUUAAAUUAGACACUUUUUUUCAUCUGUGUGAUUUUGACAAAGUUCAGAUCACAUUUGAUGGUGGUUUUUAUGCAGAAAUGUGAGAAAUUUCACAAGGUUCAGAUUCUUUUUCAUACCACUGUAUGCUGUUUGGUAUCGGCCUAUCCGGACAUGAUACUGAAGAAAACUACACAAAAUAUGUUUUUCUUUUAAUACUACAUUUCAUGAAUGUAAAGUCAUUUUAUCAUGUUUUAGAUAGUGCUAAACUCACUGAAAUUCAGAAGGACUGGGAGUUGCGAACAAACAUCAAAGUCAAAUUUUUUUGUUUCUUUUACAAUAAUGACGGUCCAUUUUUUUCAAUUCGCGUCUCAGACAAACACGUCAUUCAUGUCGCGACCCCUCCCCUUAUUUCCUGUGCCCCUUUGACGCAGGUGCGCGUUCACGUUUAACGAGUGCGCGCCCGCUUUUAAAACUGUCGCAAGCGGAAAAAAGCUCGAACGGCAGCACCCCAACCGACGAAGAUAAGCGAGCAAGAUAGCGUACGUUCGAUUUAUGUACACUAAAGGGACUUAAACUACAUUUUUGUCAUCGAAGUUGGACUUUUUUUUGUGUUAUUUUUAGCGUGUUUUAGCUUAGCAUCGCUCUCCUCGUUUCAUUCGAGGCGUUCACGGACAUCGUUUGCAUGAGACGACUGCGGCCAGACAAGAGCAGUGAAUGCAACUGCAUCUGUAGGAGAAAGGCGGAAGACUUGGAGCGACUCAACUUCGAUUGGGCGUCAUGGCUCUUGGCUCGUUCCAGCUCAUGCAGACGCUAAAGAACUCGCCCGCCGCGCUGCGCCGCCGUUUCCGCCGCGACCGCACAGAGUCGCUGUCCCACGGUGACCCGCUUUUUAAGGUCCACUACCUGGGGACCGAGAAGAUCUUUUCCCUGGACAGGGAGCAGGCGCAGGACGCCAUCGGCCGCCUGCUGGCGGGUGUCGCCGGCGGCAAAAAGCUGAGCAAGGACCACGCCCUGGUCGUGCGUCCACGCUACGUCGAGGUCAAGGAACUGAGCACGGGGCGGCAGCUCACCAAGACGUACCUGCAGGACAUCGCGUACUGCGCCGCCGACGUCGAUCGGCCUAAUGUCUUCCUCUACAUCUGCAAGCACCAAGGGCAGCAGCUGCAGUGCCGCGUGUUCUGGUGCGACAGGGCCGAGCGGGCGCGGGACAUGACCGGCUGCUUGGCGCGCUCCUUUCAGCAGGCGAUGAGCGACCGGCAGCGGGAUGGCUUGGCCGCGCCGCCCGGCGCCGAGGAGUCCGCCGGCUCGCCGAUCGCCAAGAGCUCCACGCUACCUGCCAGUCUGGGGAAAAUUCGCUGGAAGAAGAGAGGCUCGGUGUCCCGGAGCCCCCUCCGAGCCAUCGCCAGGCGAGGGUCCUCCUCCGACAGCUGGAGUUGAGCCCCCCCCCUCAACCCCAACCGCAGGAAAUAGUGAGUCAUUUGUGAAGCCCUUUGUGCAAACAUCGCUUUUACGGAUUUUAAUAUUCCAAACGCUUGCGGUUUUGUGGAGCCCGCAACACUGGGAAUGCUGUUACUUACCAACCCUGUACAGAGAUGCCAGUGUCCCCUUUCCCUAAAUGCAUCAUGAGUACAAUUUACGCUAAGUAUUUCACAUUUGAAAUAUUUUAACUGAACUUUUUUUCACCCAUGUGCCACUAAAGGUAUUUGUUUCUGAAUGUUGUCCUGACAAAUAGCACACAAGUGCCUGCUUUUUUUUUUUUUUUAAUUGCUGUUUUUUUUAUCUAAUGGUGUACAUAUUUAAUGAUAUAUGUAUUAAAAUGAUUUUAUACACGUUUAA